ACAAAAGACAUAUUCACAUUUCCAGGUUUUGUCUUUGCAUUGCAAAUAUGGGCAUUUGAAAGUUUCCCAGCUCUUAGAACGGCACAUGUUUGCCAGUUAGAGGAAGAAAGGAAAGAUUUGUUUCCUAGAUUGCUGAAGUGGUCUGCACCAAAGAAAACUAAUGUUGCAACACUAGCAGAUGUCAUAUUUCUGAAUGAAGAGUUUGAAUAUCAGAAAAUGGUACCAACUGAAGACGAGCUUAAGAAUCCAUUGAUAAAUGCAUCUUAUGUAAACAAGGUCAAUAAGCCUGUCUUACUUUGAAACGUGGGCCAGCAAAACAGAAAAGAAAUGUUUCUGUUGAAGGGAGUAAAGAAGAAAAUGGGGAUGUUCAUGAAAAGGAGUCUGAAGCACCACAGAUUGAUUGCCCUAAUGAAGAAGAUACUGACUUGAAGGAACAAAUUGCCAAGGGUCCAACUGCAAUUGGAUUAAAAAGGUUAAAUAGUUUGAUUAAAAGAAAAAAACUGCUGGCAACCAAAGCAGAGAUGCAACAAUCAUG